GAUGGUAAUUUUCAAUGUCCAAAAGAUCUUAUCCCGUCCUAAAGGUGAUCCAGAAUUGAUUAUAAUUAAAAGAAUCGCUCUAUUAAUAAGCAUUUGCUUUAAACUAGAGGGACGUUGCUGAUCUUCCAGGUUUCGACCACCCCGAUCUGCUGCGAAAAAAAAAAAAAUAAAGUCCACACGCGCUGGUUUGAAAUCCGUCCCGAUUUGGCGCAUAGAGGGCGACUCUCACAAUUAUCAAUUAGCCUCUUGCAUAAAUAAGUCGCAUUUACACAGCCACAUUUUAAGUUGUUGUCAAGAUGAUAAAUGCCUUCGCUGUUUGUCGUCUAAAUUAAGCCUAAUUUAAGUAAUUCAUACACUGAUGGAUUAAGUAUUUGUUCAAAUACACGUUUCGUCAGUUCAGAUAGGAUCCUCCUCAAGUGUGGUGCUGACUGUUGAGUUAUUUUUUUUUUUGUGGGUUGUUUUGGUGGUUCAUUUUCUGGCCCUGUGGGCGUUCUCCGGUAUACAGGUGUUUAGUGCCGGUGCUACAGUGUCUUCAGAGUUACUCUCGCCAAAACGGCUAUGGCAAUUCAAUUGUCCUGAAAUUUGGUUACUGUUGAAAUUUCGUACACCCUAUAUUAAAAGGGGUCUGACUGUAAUUUCAAUCCUGUGAUAAAUGGAUAUUGAAUCACGUUAUUUGCAAUUUAAAAUGUUAAGCAUCGACAACAGCUUCCUCCAAAAUCAUCGACAGCGCGAAACUACUGGGAUCAAGAAACUAUAUAAUUCGUUUUUCGUUAUGUUCUAAAAUUUCGUGCCUUUAAAUCAAUUUUACUGGACUAGAACUCAUUGCCCGAUCCGGCAAUUUGGUAGCAAAA